AUGGCCCCUGAGGCGCCUGAUCCUCAAAGCUUGAAGUCAUGGGAGGAUGCAUUCCAAUACCCAAUUCCUACGGUGCGCCGUGUGGAGCAGGAGCUGCGUCGGGACAUAAUGAGCAAUAAGGAGAAGCUCCGAGCUCUCGUGGGUACCCGAUAUCGUGACUUAGUCGGAACCGCCGAGACAAUCGUGGCCAUGAACAGAGACAUUCAAGAUGUGGAAUCCAUUCUGGCCGAUGUUGGACGCCGGUGCAACCCCCGACUUAUAGAAAGGAAACAUGUUCAUGUCCGGCAGAUAAAGAUAGGUGAUGCUGAGAAGGGUACGCCAUCCAAUUCUGGGGGAAACUGGGGAUCUAUAGCUGAUGUUGUGAGCAUAGAUGCAGAGAAGCAUGCGUUUGGAGCACAGCUUUCUCUCCUCCACCGCUGUACUACCUCUAUAAGCCGGCUUUUGCGACGUCGCAGCUCGCUCCUCUUGGUUGCAAAGAUUCUCGUUGUUUCCCGGUCACUACACAAUACAUUAUCGCGACACGAGCCACUUCCCCCAUUCAUUGAUGAUCUCUGGAAUCAAUUAGCCUCUCUCCGGCGAACACUCCGCAAACGAAUUGAUAAACGCCUUGCAUCAACCAACGCCACAGAAGAUAAUAUCAUUGACUCUCUGGCCGCCUAUUGCCUCGCAACGAGCUCUUCUUCAGAUGAUGCGAUUGAUCAUUUUCACCAGGUGCGCUUAGACGUCAUUGUCAGCCAGUUGGAUGUGUCUCCUGAGAACAUCCCCAGAGCCCUCCAGCUGUUUGUCCGGACACUUCAGGCAUCAAAGGCUUUGCGAUCUCGUCAAUUUCCAGAUGUGCUCUUGAAGCUUAAAGCUCGACCUCUCCUCGCCGACCCAGAGAUCCAGGGUCUAGACGGGCUGGAGGUUGAGGUUCUUGGCCGCUGGGUAGCUCCCGAGGUCAAAAAUUUCACUCCUUGGAUCAAGCUCAGCGAGCUGAACAGAACCGAGGGUGUGGAAUCAACCAAGGAAUGGUCACUCCAAGCUUUCAGGAAGUUCUCCGAAGGUUGCCAAAAGAGCUUGGCCCAGAGCACCGAAUUCUCCGAACUUGUCUCGCUCCGUUCAGAGACUGUAGAAUUGUGGCUAUCAUCCUGGGGCUCGACCAUUAUCCACAGCUCAGUGGAUGUCCUCGAAAGUCUCCGAAAUAUCUUCAAUGACCAGCUUGCCAGGAUCCUGAAGGUGAAAGCACAAAGCCUUGGCGAAGUCGGCACUCAAGUUUUAUCCAUAAUAUCGAACUGGGAGAAGACCGAACAUAACCCCGUUGGAUCUCUGUGGGAUGCCGAUCUGAUUACCGCCGAAUACUCGAACGGCGCACAGACAUUCAAAAAAACCGUCGCAGACAGAUUAUUGGGUCGUGACGAAGACAUCUCUACCGUUCUUAUGAAGUAUCAAGCAUGGCUUAGCUCAGUCCAAGAAGUCAACGAAUCCAUCGACUCUCUGCGCCGCACGCGAUGGACCGACGUUCUCGUCGGAGGCGAAGUCGAAGAUGAAGAUAUCGACAUCACACCCCGGCUCAAUGAGGAUGACCCCCGAUACCUAUCCGAUUCUCUCCACUCCGCCGUUUGCGACGCAUUCACCAGUCUCCAGACAUCAUUUAGCAGCGCGUUCAAGUCAUUUGACUCCUUGCACUCGAGCGAAAAAGCCACUUUUCUACUGAGGCUCAUACGACUCGUCCGGCGGGACAUCCCCUCCGGCUUUGUAUCUGGAGAUUUUACCUUCUCGAGCGAAAUCGUCCCUGAUCUACAGAAGCUGCUUGCAGCAGAAGUAGUUGCCAAGGUUGGGUCGUUGAGCUUGAUCCCAUCACCGAAGAGCAACCCCCAAACAGGCAAGGUUAAGAUCGUACCCGGAAGAUCGCUCUGGGAGGGCGAGCCUGCUAUACCGGUUCAGCCCUCGGCGUCGAGCUUCAAGCUUCUGCGCCGUCUCACUUCCGCGAUGGAUACCUGCGGAUUGGACUUGUGGGAUCCAUCCACGGUGCAGGCAUUGAAGCAGGAAUUGAAACUGAAACUUGAGGCAAAUAUCUCAUCUGCUCUAGAUGAUCUCGAUAGUGAAGAUUCUGCUAGCAAGGCUGAGACCAAGGAUGAACAAGCCACUACCAACGGAGAUACGGACAAGGAAGACGAGGUUUCGGAGAAAUCAGAGACACAAAACCCAGGUCCAGAUCAAGUUGACGGUCUGCGCGACUGGAAGGUUCAGCUUUUCUUCGAUUCUCUGUACCUGUCUCAGAUGCUCGGCGAGCGGAAUCAGCUGUCUGGUGUCGUCAAGCGUGCUCAACAGAGCUCUGGGUCUAGUGCGGAGACUGUCAAGACCAUCAACAAGCUUGCAACUGAAUAUUGGACUCGGACAGAGCUGCUGUUUGGUCUCUUGGCAAGACACUAA